AUCGAUAUAUCGAUUGUAGAGUCUCUGCCUAUAUUACCAGCUCUAGCAGGCUAGAGCCUGUUAAAAUUAAGCAAAAUAAACGCUAUGUUUGGCGUUAGAGUUGUACGAAGUGUAUAGGUUCAAAGUGCCAUGCCUGGCUGUGCCUGAAACUGUUAAAGCAGCAGCCACUUUUUGGCAAAUAAGCAGCAACUACAAAACACCUGCUAACGCACGCAAGGAUAACAGCAUACACACACACACACACAGCACAAAGGACGCCAGAAAAAAAACAAACACAUAGAGCGCACCUUUUCCUAAAUUGGGUCGCGCCUUUGGAGAGCUGUCUGAAUAUUGUUAUUGCUGUUUUACUUGGUUUUGCUGUUGUUGCCUUGGCAGACUGCUAAAAUGUUAUGGCAACUUGACCGUUAGUACCCCUGUAAAAACCCUCGAAGGAUACCACUAUUGUCGCUCAGUUCGGAGUUAUUCUUCUCACAAUAAAAUCUAAUUCAGUAUAGAACGUGCAUUCUAAGUCAAGAUGAGCAUUGUGGGUAAGCAACUAAAUCCCGUUCAAUCUACCAGUGUUGCAACCGCCGCCUCGUCCACCACCAUCGCGUCCGGCUCUUCUGGUGAUAGCAGUGAUGCUAACGGAAGUGGGGCCGUAACAUCGGGAAACGCUGGCGCUCCUGGAGGAGUACCUUCUGUUGAUUCGAAGCGCUUAGGAGGUCCGUUGGGCGCGGAAGGUUGUAAUGUUAGUCCCGAGGAUGUGCUUCACCUUACCACUAUCACGGACGACUAUCUUUGCUCCGCCAAUGCAAAUGUGUUCGAGAUUGAUUUCACACGCUUCAAAAUCCGCGAUUUAGAAAGCGGCGCCGUACUGUUCGAGAUCGCCAAGCCACCAAGCGAACAAUUCCCCGACGGUUUGUCCGUCGAGGAGACGAUGCUAGCGGCGGCCGAGGAACUGACGCUGGAGGACACUGCCGAUCCCAAUGCUGGCCGCUAUGUGCGCUACCAGUUUACGCCAGCUUUUCUAAACCUCAAAACAGUUGGUGCAACUGUGGAGUUCACCGUUGGAAGCCAACCUGUCAACAAUUUCCGAAUGAUUGAAAGACACUUUUUCCGAGAUCGAUUGCUUAAGACUUUCGACUUUGAGUUUGGCUACUGUAUUCCGUAUUCAAAAAACACCUGUGAGCACAUCUACGAGUUUCCCAAUCUACCACCGGACUUAGUGUCUGAAAUGAUAUCAAGCCCCUUUGAGACGCGCUCGGACAGCUUUUACUUUGUGGAAAACAGACUAGUUAUGCAUAACAAAGCCGACUACGCCUACGAUGGAGGAAUUGUAGUGUAGACUUCGAAGACCCCAAGUAAAGGUCUAGAAAACUGAAGAAAACGAACGAGGAAGAGCAGGACUCAAUACCUACAACCUAUGUAAUCUAUUGAUGGCCAGCGAAGUAGAGAAAACUAAUUGAUAAAACUUAAUAAAAAAAACUAUCGAAGACGUAAUGAAUGACUUAUCCCACACUCGAAUGCACAGUGACACUACAUCAUAACACACAAUGGAGAACGGUGUCACAGCCAUUUCUUUUAGCCUUAGCACAAGACAUUUAUUAGCCAUCUUUGUGUGGUGUAUUUGGAAAUGCUGAUAAAGCCGUAAAAAAGACCCACACUAAGCACGCGAAACUGUGUUCAUUAUAAAUUAUUUAAACUUUGACUGUAUAAUUUUAAGUGCAAUGUAAUUUUCCCUAAUUUUAACAUUUGUAUUUAUUGUUAUUUAUUCGUAAGUUAAAUAAUCUACGCCCUACACACUCACCUGAACACAUUCUUAUAUGAAUAUAUAUACUAUACUAUGUAUGUUCACAUACACAAAAUAAAAACAAAAACAAUAACACAACAUUGUACUUUUUUGUAUACAGGAUAAAAAAAAUAUCAUCUUAACAGUGGUUGCAAAAUUCUA